GUCCAAAUAAACAGGGAUGAUCAUGCAUACGAAUGUAGUUGAUUAUAAGUACAAAUUCUUGCGAAGCAAGGUAGACCAAGCAUGAGAACUUUUAAAAGUGCUGAUCCGAUCAAUACCCCACAGAAAUACCACGUUUACUAAACCAAACCAUUUCAUUGAAGAGCAUUAAGUAAUAAUAUACUUGAUAAACAACUCCACGAUUUCUUUUUGACAGAGAAAUAGUGAUUUGUUACUUAUAGUAAAUUCCUGCUCUACAAGUUUGCAAAUUAAGAGAGUAGGCAGUGAAAUAGACCAAUGACGUUUUAGCAGACGAUAUAAGUCACACCUGACUAGUCCCGGCUUCCUAUGUACCGGCGUCACUUCUAAUUCCUCUUCUGGAUCGACCGGGAGGACUUCGCAGCAGUCGAACGAGGUAGAGAAGAAAGUUUGGGGCUUGAGAAUUUCUUGUUUCCUUGGGGUGACAGUUAAGAUCAGUGCAAAAUGUCGCAGGAUAAGGUUGAAUUUAGAAGGAGCGUGAAGACCGCACCGGUGAUCUCCUCCAGAACCACAGUCAUCCAGAGAACCCCGGCCGGCUCCGGGAGUGUCAUUGCCAACCGAAGUUCCAUGAGCCGGAUGAGCAUGGGUGGCCCUUCUUACUCCGCCGGGACCUUGGCUGGACUUUCUCACAAGGGGGUCAACGAUGUUAUCCAGACAAGGGACAGAGAAAAGAAGGAUAUGCAAGGAUUGAACGAGCGCUUUGCUAGCUACAUAGAAAAAGUUAGAUUCUUAGAGGCACAGAAUAAAGCUCUUUUGGCCGAAAUUGAUAGAUUGAAGAAAUUGAAGGGAUUUGACGUUUCGGAAAUUAAGGAACUAUACGAGCAAGAAAUUGCUGAAUCUAGAAAUGUUAUUGACGAAUUAUCGAAAGAAAAAGCGAAAUUUGAUUCAACUCUUGUAGGCCUUCAGGAUGCACUGGACGACGAAAAAAGAGAACGCCUUGCCAGCGAGAAAGAGUGCGCUGAACUUAGGAAUAAAUUGGAUCGCUUGAACGAUCAAAUCGGCGAGUAUGAGGGAGAGAUUUCUACCUUGAGAGGAAGAAUCGGAGGUCUGGAGGAUGAAGUCAGCAAACUCCGAGCCACCAACAAACGGCUACAGGACGACAUUGCCCGUCUUAGAGCCGACCUGGACGAAGAGACAAGAAAACGUAUCGAGGCUGAAAUUAAGGCACAGGCUGUUGAGGAGGAUCUUACCUUCAGACUCAAUGUUGCUGAUGCGGAGAUCAAGGAAUUGCAGGCCCUGAUCGACAGAGACAAGGGAACGGAGAUGAGAGACAUCUGGAAGGGCGAGAUGUCUAAGGCCGUCAGCGAGCUGCAGAAGGAGUAUGAUAACCAGAUCAACCAGAUCCGAAUGGACUGUGAGAGCAGAAUGGAGUCACAGCUCAGAGAGCUCCAGGCUGGAGUCAACAGGGACAACAUGGAGGCAGUACAAGCCAAGGAGGAGUCCAGAAAACUCAAGAGCAGACUUGGUGAUCUCGGACCACGUGUCGCCGAGCUGGAGGCUGAGAAUUCUAAACUGCGCAACCAAAUUAUUGCGAUGGAGAGUGAGAUGUCCGACAUGCAGAGGGAACACGACAGAGAGAACGAUAAGAACGCCGAGAGGAUUGCCGGUCUGGAGGCCAGCUUGGAAGAUGUCAUUAGAGAGCUGCAAGUUCUCCAGGACGCCAAGCUGUCUCUGGAGUUGGAGAUUAGCUGCUAUAGGAAGCUGUUGGAAACUGAGGAAAAUAGUUUGAAAAAUGUUGUAGAAAAUUCAACUGGAGCCAGAAGCAAAGGAGCUAACCAGUUGGCCGACAUUGUGCAAAAAAGCAGUACAUCGUACAGUUCGUAUGGGUCACGAUAUUCAUCAGACGAUUCCUCUGGACAGCAGUACAAUGCUACAAGCUUGUCCAGUACUAGCGGUGGUUAUGGCCAAGCAGAUCUGAAAUCCAGCGAAUCCACUGGUAAGCUAACGGUUCAUAGAUCUUGCCGUGGAAACAUCGCCUUCUCAGAAGCAGCUCCUGACGGCAGCCAAGUCGGCAUAGAAAACAACACGUCUGGUAUCAAAGGAAAGACUGUGAAUUUGAAAGGAUGGAAAAUCAGACGUGAAAUUGGAAACAAAACCAAAUGCACAUAUGAAUUCAAGAACGACCUCAUGCUUGGACCAGGACAGAAGAUUAAGUUGUACAGUGGUGGUGCUGCAGACAUGAAACAGUCAGACAGUGAUAUCGUCUGCGAAUUCUUCACCUGGCACGCGGGAGGAGGAAGUUACAUCCUCUCGGAUGAAAAUAAUAGCGAAAAGGCUUCACUUAAGAUGACCAUAACAAACUAAGGACAAUAUUUAUAUGUCUUAGAUGUUGUGAGAAUUCCAGCUUAUCGAAGUCUGCUUAUUUCGAAUACAUUCCAUGAAGAUUUUGAAUGAAAAUCUGACUUUCAAUUCAUUGGUUGUGAAGUUUCAUUGUAAAAAGAAAAUUACCGGUAUCAAAAUGCAUGGUUUUGAAAAAGAUCGUUUAACGUACGAUUGUUUGUUGUUUUUACAUAUUUUAUGAUUCUACAUCAAAUAAUUAUUUUAAUUGGGAGUAUUACUUGUUAAUCUGUCUGCUUGUGCUAUUGUUGUGCCUCCUACUAUAAUAUGUUUGCUUCAACCAUUGUUACAUUUUCAUAUAGGUUGUGUGCUUUUGCAAAGCUAUAUUUUUACAAUGAUUUCCUCGAAUGCAGAAUGAUAUUAUUACAAUUGAUAAUCAAGCAGUAGAUAUGUGUAUAUGACCAUCGUUUGUCACCGAGAGCUACAAAGUCAUAUGGGGAGGAAUGUUAUGGGUAUUCUCUUUGGCAUUUUGGUUUCAUCUAAAGAGAAAAAACAUAGCCAUCUCCAUACAUUUUAAUCAUUUACUUGAUACAGGAGCAAUACAGUGGUCUUUGGUGAAAUUUUGAAACACCAGAGGAGACAAUGUAUUGCUUUUGGUUUCAAAAUUACAAAGGGGAUUGAUUGGAAUUUUAGAUGUUUCGAAAGACAAUUCAAUGUCGUACUUUGGGCAGCAAUAAAUUGUGUAAUUGAAUGUUCACUUGAGUGAGAUGUUUUGUAUAGUUGUGUGGUGCUUCACUCCAAUCUUUUUUUCUUUUUACAAUAUUUCAGAUGUAGUCUAGUACAAAUAUAUAUUUUAUGACAAAUGCACGAUUUAAAAUUUUUAUGCAUUAGAGAUUAUCAAUAAAGUUUUUUUUUCAAAAUUUG